AAGUAUUUGCUUUGGCAGCAUGUUUGACCGAUCCAUUGCACAUGUGUGAGCGCAAUGAAGGAAAAGCUGUGUUGAUCACAACUCAAACAUCGGCAUUAUCAUCAUAUUUAGAGCACAUUGGACAUGAAAAAGGAGUCGACCGUUGCUGAGAAACGGGCAGAGAUGGUUCCCUCAGAGAAUCAAGAGGAGGAAAGCCAGGUUUCCGUCAAUGGCAAAAGGAGCAAACCCGAGGAUGCCGGAGGGGAGGGUGAAUAUCACCCGGCGAAGUUGUCCCGGAGGGAUCUGUACAAACCUCCUACAGCAGAGGAGCUGAACCAGCUGAAAGAGGCCGAAAGCCUGUUCCACUGCAGCCUGCUCAAAAUGCAGAUGGAAGAGCUGCUGAAGGAGGUCGUCCUGAGUGAGCGUAGGAAACAGCAAAUCGACUCCUUCAUUCAGACAGUCACUGAGCUGCUGCGGACCGUACCAGAUUCCCCACAAGUUGAGUUAAGUGACCUGUCAUGGCUGUCAAGUGCAGUGAAGGUUCCUUUCCUCCUGGUGCCCAAAACGACCAAAGGCAAGUUCCACAUGGCGCCCCCUGCUUCUGUUGAUCUAAUCGGCAGCUACCCGCUGGGCACCUGCACCAAACCCCGCAUCACGGUGGACCUGGCUGUCACAAUCCCAGCUAAUGUCCUCCAACAAAAGGACGUUUUGAACCAGAGGUAUCCAAGGAAAAGGGCUCUGUACUUGGCCGGCCUGGCCCAGUAUCUCGCUUCCUCCUCUGACAUCGGAAGCAUGCGUUACUCCUGUCUGCAUGGCAAUCGACUGCGACCGGUUCUGCUCCUUACCCCUUCUGGUAAAGACUCUUCAAGCUUCACCUUGCGUGUUCAUGCCGGUCCGCCUCCUGGGUUCUUCAAGCCCAGCCGUUUCCACCCGCAGAGGAACAAUAUCCGGACAGAGUGGUACAGCGGUUUGCAGAUGUCCCAGGGGAGCAGCGAACCCCCCACCCCGCAUUACAAUAGCUCUGUUCUGGGGGAUUUACUGCCCAGGGCUCACCUCCAGUUUCUGUCUGCUGUCAGCUCCCAGUGCUCGGCUUUAGCUGAUGGAGUGGCUUUGCUCAAAGUCUGGCUUCGGCAAAGAGAACUUGACCAGGGCACCGGUUGUUUUAAUGGCUUCCUGGCGUCAAUGCUGUUGGCUUAUCUGCUGACCACUCACAGAAUCAGUAACUCUAUGACCGCCUAUCAGCUGCUUCGGAACAGCUUGAACUUCCUGGCCUCCACAGACCUGACCGUGAAUGGAAUUAGCCUGGCCAGAGAUCCUGACGCUACAGCUCCGUCUCUUGCGGAGUUCCACAACGCUUUCCAGGUUGUGUUUGUUGACCCGUCUGGACAUCUCAACAUGUGUGCUGACAUGACGGCUUCUACCUACAAACAGCUGCAGCACGAAGCGUCUGUAUCGAUGGAGUUCUGGGACAACCCUACGGUGGAUGGCUUCGACAGCCUGCUCAUGACGCCCAAACCCAUGAUAAGGACAAGCGACCACGUAUUCCAGUUAUGUGAGCUGGUGAAGCUUCAGUCUAGCUGUAAGAAAAUGGAUCUCCUCAGUGAACUGAUGGACCACAGUGGAAAUUAUGUCCAGACUGCGCUCCCUUUUAUUUUGACCCUACUUCAGCAGGGACUGGGCCAAAGGAUCCACCUCCUCACCCACUCCCUCUCGCCCGUUCCUGAGUGGCCGGUGGAGAGUGAAGCCCCAAAACACAAAGAUCAGCCUCCUCUGUCCUUUGGUUUGCUCUUGAAUCCGGAGCUAGCAGCCUCUGCUCUGGAAAGAGGCCCAGCUGCAGACAGCCCCACGGCGGCUGAGUUCCGUCAGCUGUGGGGUUCUCGCUCGGAGCUGCGGCGCUUUCAGGACGGCUCCAUCACCGAGGCUGUGGUGUGGGGCGGAGAGACCAUGUGCCAAAAGAGACUCGUCCCCAGACAGAUAAUUACACAUCUGUUACAGCUGCAUGCAGACAUCCCUGACUCCUGUAUUCGAUAUGUAGGGGCGAUGGUUGAUGACGUCAUCCAAACGGGAAGUGAGGUGCCCAGCACUGGAGAGGAGGAGAGUUUACUAGUGGUUCAGUCUUAUGAUGACCUGAGUAGGAAACUGUGGGGUCUGAAAGGUCUGCCUCUCUCCAUCACAGCAGUGCAAGGAGCCCACCCUGCACUAAGAUACACACAGGUCUUCCCCCCUGUGCCACUGAAGGUGGGCUAUUCCUUCUUUGAUAGAGAAAAGACUUCCAGAUCAUUGGUGCCAAAAGAAAGCAAACCUUGCCCAGCUUACAUCACCCCCAUCACAGUGAUUUGUCACAUGGAAGGAAGUGGAAAGUGGCCUCACGAUCGCCUUGCCAUCCGCCACAUCCGAACUGCCUUCCACAUCCGCCUGGGAGUGUUACUCGAGAAGCAGCACGGUUAUACAUGCAAACCCUGCCCAGCUCACCUGGAUGUCUGGAAGGAUGGCUUGCUGUUCCGCAUCCAGGUGGCUUACCACCGUGAGGCUCAGGUGCUGAGGGAGAGGAUGACUGACAAGGGGCUACUGGUUGUAAGGGACAACGAGGAGGCGCAGACCCUGGAGAUGGCCACCGUUCAUAAGCCUCUGCUUACCAGCACGUUGCAUGGGCUCCAGCAGCAGCACCAGAGUUUUGGGGGAUCGUGUCGCCUGGCCAAACGCUGGCUGGGGGCUCAACUCUUCAGCAAAGACAUCACAGAGGACACAGCAGACCUGCUGGUGGCAUCUCUUUUCCUGCAACCUGCACCCUUUACUCCCCCGGGUUCUCCUCAGGUCGGAUUGCUUCGUUUCCUUUGCCUGCUGUCUUCCUUUGACUGGAGGAACAAUCCGCUCAUAGUCAACCUCAACAACCAGCUUACAGCCCCCGACUACACAGAGAUCAGGAAUGACUUCAUGGCCUCCAGGGAGUCUCUGCCCGUCUUGUUUCUAGCUACGCCUAAAGACAAAAAACAAUCCCUGUGGACCAAGCGUGCGCCUAGUGUACAGAUGCUGCAGCGUGUGGUGGUGGUGGCGGCAGAGAGUCUUAAGUUACUGGAACAUCAGCUGAUGGACAGAGAGCAGAUUCAAGAUGUCCGGGUGGUCAUGCGCCCUCCUCUGGAUGCCUACGACGUGUUGAUUCACCUGAACCCAAAGCAGGUUCCCCUCCUUGCUCAGGCAGUGGACCCUCACCCUGUCACUUUCAGCAGGGGCCUCAUGGCUGGCCGCAUCGCCCCGUCUGGAGGGGCCCUGCCUGUGAUCGACUACAACCCUGUGUCGCUCUACCUGGCAGAGCUCAGAGAUGCUUUUGGCGACCUAGCCCUUUUCUUCUGCGACCCUCAUGGCGGAACAGUGAUCGCAGUUUUAUGGAAGCCAAAAGCCUUCGUCCCAAUAGGCUUCAAGACGUCGCAGAUGUCUGCGCGGAAAGUGGAGGUGAAUGGGGAGCAAGCGAAUACCAUUCCCAACGUCGAGGCCAUACUGGAGGACUUUAGGAUCCUGGGAAAGGGCUUGAUCAAGUCUGUGGACGCCAGGACUGAAAAAUGGUCAUUUUAGACAUAGCAUUUCCUUGAAAGACGGAACAAUGGUAAAAUUGAUUUUUAGAUUUUUGUCAGCAAUGUUGUCGGUCAAUGUGGUUCAAGAGGAACUAGAUGUUUUUCUGUCAAAGGCUAUGGCUAAUAAAAUCUUAUGUACUCUUGA